AGUACUCCGUAGAUACAUAAGAGCAAGUGAUCGAGCAUGUCCGCAUGUCCAUCUCUUACCCUCUCCUGCGACAACCUCUCCUGCAACAUCUGGUUCUGCUGCGGCAGUGCCAAAGAUCCUGAACCUUAUCCGCCGAAGCAGUCACAUGUCGUGACGGCGCCGCCGCCUGCUGUGCCAACGCCUUAUUAUGAGCCGCCGUCAGAACUGGUGCCUUCUCAUCAGGUGUCGCCGGCACGGGCGCCGCCGCCGGCCAUGCAACCGCCUUAUUAUCAGCUGCCGUCAGAAUUGGUGCCUCCUCAUCACGUGUCGCCAGCGCCGGCGCCCCAGGCACCGUCAACGGUGACGACUCAUGUGCCGGUGCCACCCUGCAACAGGGCGCGUGAGCCGCCGGCGCCUGCGGCGACACUAAUUCCUGCCGCCGUGCCAUCCAAGAGAUACGAGCCGCCUCAGCCGGCGCCUCGCCCGCCGGUGCCGCCCAACGAGACGCCUGUGCAACGGGUAAUGCCAUUGCCUGCCCGCCUGCCAUCCAAGAAAUACGAGCCGCCACCGCCUGUUACUGUCACGUCUCAACCGUCUUCACGGACAACAUGGCCUCCCCGUGUAAAGUCCAAGACGUACGUCGACGCCGGCGUGCCACCGGCCGUGUCGCUGCCGCCUCCGUCGACACCAAUAGCUCCUCGUGCUCAUGGGUCACGAUACCCGCCGGUGCCUCACCCUCAUCCCGGCGAUACGGAGCCCCGCAUCGAAUCUUAUUCGCAAGCGGCAAGCCUCCAUCAAGAAUACUAUUAGGUUCGGGAACAUGUCUGCGCGAGGGUGCGUCUGUCUGUCUGUGUACCAUAUCUGUUAUUCGCACCAUGCCACGCCAUCGUCGCAUGGAACUUAAUGUUGAGUAUAUAUGUUACGUGCAUUUUGCGUAUUGAGUUCAUCUCCUAAUUCUUUGUAUAGUUGAGAUACGUGGUCCAUCGUUGUACAUCAUAUAUACUAUUAUAUAUACGUGCAUAUGCAU